AAACAAAGGUGUAACAUCCUUUUCUCCGCUGAAGCUUGAAACACACAUUUGUCACCAUGGUUCGCAUGCACACCCCCGGAAAGGGUAUCUCCCGAUCAUCUCUGCCGUACCGUCGGUCAGUACCCAGUUGGUUGAAGCUUUCACCUGAUGAUGUCAAGGACCAGAUCUUCAAGCUAGCCCGCAAAGGUUUGACCCCAUCGCAGAUUGGUGUGAUUCUUCGUGAUUCACAUGGAGUUGCCAAGGUUGACCGUGUUACCGGAUCAAAGAUCUUGCGAAUCCUUCGCGCUAAGGGUCUUGCCCCCGAUACACCCGAGGAUCUGUACUGUUUGAUUAAGAAGGCAGUGUCUGUGCGCAAGCAUUUGGACCGUAACCGUAAGGACAAGGACUCCAAGUUCCGUCUUAUUCUUAUCGAGGCUCGUAUCCACCGAUUGGCUCGUUACUACAAGCGCGUAGGACAGCUACCCCCCGUCUGGAAGUACGAUUCCGCUACAGCAUCCACCCUUGUGUAAAGCGAUAAAUGGAGUUUAUCCCACAUAUGGCGUACUACUACUACUGAUUGCCGUUGACAUAUUCACAUCAUUCAAUUAUACGCGUGUAUUAGACUUGUGGACACUAAAGGGUGUUUUGUAUGCCUGUCUAUGCACUCCAAUAUGUGUGAAAGCUGCAUUUAAUAUAUUAGUUCAUUGUCUGUGCAAUAAAUAAUGACCACCAAGUGUUGACGUUGUACAUGGUCUGGAUGGCAUAUCUAUUUGCUUACUUUUCGGAGUAGCAUUUAGAAACCAUCCUGUUCCGCUGUGUGCACACUGAGCUUGUCCAAAGUCGCUCUUUGCUUUCUGAUUGUGAUAUAAAUUUUGUAAGAUUCUAUCUUGGCUGCUGUAUGUAUAUCUUUCAGUCAGCUAUUAUAUAUCAGAUUGUAUGUUUUGCAAACUAUUCUAAGCGGUAUAUUGGUGGCGAGAUGUACCUUUCUUUAUAUCUUGUUUGCUAUUGUUACCAAACUUGAUCAGUGAUAAUUCUGAAAGUGUGUUUGGUAACAAAUUUGGCAAGAAUGAAGUUCAGCAUAUAUGAAAUAGUAGUAGCUGGCUGUGAAACUAAAACAUCCAUAAAAGAUAUCUCACUCUGAGUAAAUAAAGCUAUUUCUGACUUUGAC